AUGGUCAAAUUUUUAUUUUUAUUUAGUAGAGACCAGAGAAUGAUGACAUCUAAGGACCAGGUCCAAAAAGGGACACAUGUUCUGAAACUUAAAACAAAAAUGGCUAAUAAAGAAAAUGUCAGUAGAUCUACAGAGAGCAAAAAUAAUAUAACAAUGGAAAAAAAUUAUAUUCUUUCAAUACCUGCUGAUGAAUUAACCAAUUCAACUUUAGAAAUUGAUAGACACAAUUUUGAGGAUGACAAUCAACUUCUUCAGUUGUUACCAAUUAAAGAUGAUGUCAGAAAUCAACGUAUGACAUUUAGCCAGGCAUUUCACCUUAAAAAAAAUAGUAAAAAGAAACAAAUGCCUACAGAAAAACUGAAGCAAGAAGCUAACGUGCCCAAGAAACCUGUGUUUGGUUCUUACUGUGGCCAAAUUGUUGAGUCUAAGAUUAAUUCGUUCAGAAAACCUCUGCAAGUCAAAGAUGAAAGUUCUACUGCAAAUAAGAAACUUUCAACUACUCUCUCUAAUGCCACCAAGCCUCAGCCUAUGAACACUAGCAGUGUAAAGUGCAAAGUGCAAAGUGAUAGAGCCGCAAAUAGGACUAUGACCACUAAAAUUGUGAGCAGUACAUCUCACAGCAGACAACUUGUGCGACCUGCUAUUAGAAACCACGAUAACACCCAGGACAUGGUGAAACAAGGGAUCAGUAGAACCUCUGCCAAUGUUACAGCUUGGAAAGGGCCUCACAAGAAAGAAUUAUUUCAAUUAAAAAUAGACUUAUCUAGUGUCAAAACCAGUUCUCAGAAUAUAAAAAGACAUGAAGCACCAUCAAGGAGCAUAGCAUCUGAAAUUGUAGCCAGGCCUGCUUCAUGUUCCAAUACCAAACUGAUAGAAAAGUCAAAAACCAUGGACCAGCGAAGACAUACUAUAGCAAAUGCAAGUGUCCAUAAUAGAUCAGCUCAGCCCAAAGAAACUGCAGAACAGAGAAAAGCUCGUCUGACUGAGUGGAAAGCUGGCAAAGGAAGAGUGCUGAAAAGGCCUCCUAGCUCAGUAGUUACCCAGCCUGAGCCUGAAGGACAAAGUGAAAAACUAGUUGGGUCCUUCUGGACUACUAUGGCAGAAGAAGAUGAACAAAGAUUAUUUACUGAAAAAGUAAACAAGACAUUUUCUGAGUGCCUGAAUCUGAUUGCUGAGGGAUGCCCAAAAGAAGAAAUAUUGGUCACACUGAAUGAUCUGAUUAAAAAUAUUCCAGAUGCCACAAAACUCGUUAAGUACUGGAUCUGCCUUGCACGUCUUGAACCAAUCACAAGUCCUAUUGAAAAUAUUAUUGCCAUCUAUGAGAAGGCCAUCUUGGCAGGGGCUCAGCCUAUUGAAGAGAUGCGACAUGCAGUUGCAGAUAUUCUAACAAUGAAGAGUCAAGAAAAAAAUUUUGGAGAAAAUAUGGCAGAUGGUUGUGCAACCAAGGAGCAUAUCCAAGAAGUUAACAUUGAAGAAACAGGUGUUAAUCUAGAGCCAGGAAAACCGAAAAUGGAAAGUAAACAUCAGAAAAGUAUGAUACUGCAGGAUUCUGAAAAAGAGCAAGAAGACAAGACACAAGAUCCAGCCAAUGAUGUUAAAACUCCUGAUAAAGAAACCAGGGAGAGUUGCUUGAUUAAAUAUAAUGUAUCUACUACACCAUACUUGCAAAGUGCCAAAAAGAAGAUUCAUUUUGAUGAAACAAAUUCUCUAUUUAAAGAGCUCAAGUUUCUAACACCAGUGAGACGUUCCCGACGUCUUCAGGAUAAAACUUCUAAAUUGCCAGAUAUGUUAAAAGACCAUUAUCCUUGUGUAUCUUCAUUAGAACAGUUAACAGAAUUGGAAAGUGAAACUGAUGCUUUUGUGUGCCGUCCUAAUGCAGCACUGUGCCGGAUGUACUCAGAAAUUGAAACAAUAGAGGAGAAAUAA